UUUUGUGGUUCGUCACUUCCGGGUGUGCGAUGGCAUGACCAUAGCCAGACAGUAGUGGGUCAAGAGCAGUCUAUGGUCAAGAGAGAAAAUCCUGCUGAUUCUGUGAUGGGGGCAGACAGUGGUCCCGGAGCUCCUGCAGUCCCGUGGCGUAAAGUGCUGUAUGAACGCCAGCCUUUCCCAGACAAUUACGUGGACCGGCGUUUUCUGGAGGAGCUGCGGCGCAACAUCCGAGUCCGUCAGUACCGUUACUGGGCAGUAGUGCGUGAGACGGGGCUCAUCGCACAGCAGGUGUCCUGCGUGGCUGUCUUCCUCACAUUAUGGUCUUACAUGGAGCAGGGUGACCUGGAGCCAUCCCUGGUGCUGUGGGUCUGUCUGGGCUGUGCUCUGCUGGGCUACGGCCUCUACGAGAUCCUGGGAGGCGCUUGUGUUCGGGAGCGCACGCGACUGGCUGACCUGCAGAGCGCCACCAUCUUCCUGGCAUUUACCUUUGGGUUCUCACCCGUUUUAAAGACUCUGACCGAGUCUGUUAGUACAGAUACGGUGUACGCCAUGUCAGCCGUGAUGCUCCUGGCUCACUUGGUGUCUUUCCCGUACGCUCAGCCCAGUCCGCCGGGCAGUCUUUCCCUCAACGCGGCUCUUUUCGGGUCGGUGUGCCUCGCGUCCCGGCUGCCAGGCGCUCUGCAUACCUUCACCAUGCUGAGCUGUGCCCUCCUGGUGUUCGCUCUCUGGCCCUGUCUGCUGCACCGCAUGCGGGACAAGGCGGAGUGGAGCUUCCCGUGGGCAGCGGUGCUGGUGUGUCUGGUUGGAGUCUGGGGUCUGGGGAGCCUGUGGUCCGAGGGGGCACUUCUUCUCUCUCUGGCACUGUUAACAUUAACGUUACUCUGUCCACUGUUAUUAGUCCUCCUGCAGAGGCAAAAGGACAAUAUCCACGGUCCUUGGGACGAGGCAGAGAUCAGAGAGGACUUGUCCCGAUUCCUGAAUUGAAACUGCCUAGAGGAUUUUAACACUGUUUUAAAUGCUUUUGAGAGUCUUUUGCACUUUGAUUAAAGGGAUAUUUUAUCCCAAAA